AUGUCGUCGUCAAAGGUGGUUCUAUACGAUCUGCCUAGCAGGAGUGGUUCCUCAUGGUCAUUGAACCCAUGGAAGACUCGCAUGGUUUUGAACUACAAGAAGAUUGACUUCACGACUGAAUGGGUAGAAUACCCAGACCUGGCCCCCAAGUUCAAAGCCCUCGGCAUCCCGCCAACCCCCAAGGACGCGCCAGGCUAUUUCGCAGAGUACACCAGUCCCGCUAUCAAGCAUGCCAACGGCACCUAUCAGAUGGAUUCUUGGCCCAUUGCCUACGAACUUGAGAAGCAACACCCGACUCCGUCUUUGCAUCUCGAUGACCCCAUCGUUGUGCAGAUCAGGGACCAUAUUGCUAAGAUAGCUGGCCCACUGAGGCCACUACUCAUUCCUCAGGUACCAGUUGUGCUGCUGAACAAGCCGAGUGCAGAUUACUUCAAUGAGACUAGAGAGAAGAUGUUCGGGAAGCCGCUCGAACAAGUCGAAAAGGACGCCAAUGCGGACGAGUGCUGGGAGGCGGCUAAGGCACCGUCGAAGGAGGUGGGCGAUCUACUGAGGAAGAACGGUGGGCCUUACUUUCUGGGUCAGACUGUCUCGUAUGCCGACUUCAUCUUUGUAUCGAUGCUACACUUCGUCAAGUGCAUAAGCGAGGACAAGUUCAAGAAGCUCCUGGCUCUUGACGACGCCUUCCCCAAGGUUUACGAGGCGUGUAAACAAUGGCUGGAGAAGGAUGACUAG